CAACGGGCCACCGGCUCAUCGCUUACUAGUAUGUUUGUAUUAUCCUUAGGCAAGUUUAAAACGGUCUUUUUAACUGGAACUUCAUCUUCCGUGUCGGGCGAUACACGAGCUCUGUAUAAACUCCAACGUUCGAUGCUGUGAAGUUUGUUUUGUUUUUACCAUGGUCAAAGCGCUGACAGCGAAGGAUCCUCAUAUUAUCACCACGUAACGUUUCAUCUGCAUCUUUCAUUUCGGUUAGCUUUGCGUGGGAAACUCUAGCUAGCUGAACUCAUUUAAUCAAGUAAAAUGAUAUAGAAGAACCAUUUUUCGUCGCAAGUAAACUCCGCAAAUGUGUUGGUGCUGAAAAGUCGGGUUUCUAAGCUAACCGGCUUCUGACAGCUUUUCCAUUCAGUGCCGGCUGAAGAGGAGGGCAAUGUGACGUGGUAGUCGGGCUCGAGAUACUGUGUAACAGCUGCCUCCAGGUGCUCUCUGACAGCGUGGACACUUAGGAUACACCAGCAGGGUUCGUUGAUGCCUCCUUUGCUCAGCGAUGUAAUCUGCCAGUGCCGAUCGGGCGAGAUCCACCCAGGGAUCGACCCGGGCGGACGCGCGGAAGGAGAACCCUCCUCAGCUCCCCCAUCUAAAGCAGUCCCCCGACAGCCCGUCGACGGGGACUGCCACGCGGACCCCGGCCAGUCAGCACACCCAUGUGACAUAUGUGGAGGUCCCGAGCAGGAGCACAGACUGAAAGUGUUGUUCCAAGUCCUGGAUGUGAACGGCGAUGGAGGCAUUUGUGUCAACGACCUGACAAUUGGGCUGAAGAAACUAGGAGUGCAUCGCACCGAACAUGAGCUCAUGAAAAUAGUGAAAGCAGGAGACAAAGACCUGGACGGACAGUUAGACUUUGAGGAGUUUGUUCAUUAUCUCCGGGACCAUGAGAAGAAACUGCGGCUGGUAUUCAAGAGUCUGGACAAGAAGAACGAUGGUCGGAUCGAUUUGCAAGAAAUCAUGCAGUCUCUGCGUGACCUGGGAGUGAACAUCUCUGAGGAGCAGGCUGAGAAGAUCCUCAAGAGUAUGGAUAAGAAUGGGACAAUGACCAUUGACUGGAGUGAGUGGCGGGAUUACCACCUCCUGCAUCCAGCGUGCAACAUUCCUGAGAUCAUCCUCUACUGGAAACACUCUACGAUCUUUGAUGUUGGGGAGAGUUUGUUGGUGCCUGACGAGUUCACGGCAGAGGAGAAGAAAACAGGAAUGUGGUGGCGACAUCUAGUGGCUGGAGGAGGAGCUGGUGCUGUGUCUCGAACCUGCACUGCACCACUGGACAGGCUCAAAGUCCUCAUGCAGGUUCACGCCUCCAAGAGCAACAACAUGCAUAUCACUGGAGGCUUUGUCCAGAUGAUCCGAGAGGGCGGCGUGAGGUCACUGUGGCGAGGCAAUGGUAUCAAUGUCAUCAAAAUUGCCCCCGAGUCUGCUAUUAAGUUCAUGGCAUAUGAACAGAUGAAACGAUUAAUUGGAAGUAACCAGGAGACGUUGGGCAUCGGCGAGAGACUGGUUGCAGGCUCUCUGGCUGGAGUAACCGCUCAGAGCAGCAUCUACCCCAUGGAGGUCUUGAAGACACGGUUAGCCCUGAGGAAGACGGGACAGUACUCGGGCAUCUUGGAUUGUGCCAAACAUAUCUUUCAGAAGGAGGGAGUGGCUGCUUUCUACAAGGGCUAUGUCCCCAACAUGCUGGGCAUCAUCCCCUAUGCUGGCAUAGACCUGGCUGUCUAUGAGACUCUGAAGAAUUCCUGGCUGCAGCGCUACGCCACCGACAGCGCUGAUCCUGGGGUGUUUGUGCUGCUGGCUUGUGGCACCACUUCCAGCACGUGUGGCCAGCUGGCUAGCUACCCGCUGGCCCUGGUCCGGACACGGAUGCAGGCGCAAGCUACCCUGGAGGGCGGCCCUCAGAUGACCAUGACCGCCUUGUUCAGACACAUCAUUAGGACCGAGGGGCCCAUGGGACUCUACCGUGGCCUGGCUCCCAACUUCAUGAAGGUCAUUCCAUCCGUCAGCAUCAGCUACGUGGUGUACGAGCACCUCAAGAUCACGCUGGGGGUCCAGUCAAAGUGAGGAGGGAGUUGGACGGAGGAGAUCCAGAUGCUUUUGUUGUUUUUUGCUUUUUCUUUUGAGCUGAAGCCUUCAUGUGUGUCGGCCUCUAUGACACAAACAACAUAAUGACAGUAAAUAUUUUGAAAUCAAUUAUGAAAUUCCAGGGUUUGAAGGAUAAUGUGAAAGGAUGUGAAUGAAGAGGAAUCGGAACAAAAAAGCAGAGAUGGAGGAAAGCUUGACUAAAGCAAUUUCUGUUUGUUUCACUUACUUAAAUAUGUCUCAAUCGAUG